CUUCCACUGUCCUCUCCCUCUGUGUGUGUGUGUGUGCAAUUGACCAAACAUGACUUUGUCCGUGCUAGAAGGUUUCACCAAGUCUCUCGCAAUGACUGUGCUUUCUGAGGUUGGGGACUACACGUUCUGCGUUGCUGCGAUCUUGGCUAUGCGCAACCCAAGGAGACCUGUUUUUGCAGGUUGCAUGACAUCUUCAGUAGUGAUGACUAUUCUUUCUGUUCUUGUUGGUUGGGCAACUCCAAACUUGAUUUCUCAUAAAUGGGCACAUCACACAACCACUUUACUGUUUUUUGUAUUUGGAAUUUUGUCUUUAUGGGAAGGAUACACUGAAGAUGGAGAUGAAAAUGAGUUAGAAGAAGUUGAAGAAAAAUUAUUGAAAGCUGAAUUAAAGGGUAAUAGAGGAGGAAAAGCAAAAGGAAGUAGCAAGACAGAUGAGGAUUCUAAAAAGGAGAAAAGACCAUUUCUCACAAAUUUCUUCUCACCCAUCUUUCUUAAAGCAUUUUCUCUAACAUUUUUUGGUGAGUGGGGUGAUAAGAGCCAGCUUGCUACAAUUGGUUUGGCUGCAGAUGAAAACCCAAUAGGUGUGGUUCUUGGUGGGAUCAUAGGGCAAGCAUUGUGUUGUAUGGUAGCUGUUAUUGGGGGAAAGAGUUUGGCUUCUAGGAUAUCUGAGAAAGUGGUUUCACUUGUAAGUGGAAUUCUAUUCCUUGUCUUUGGUGUACAAUCCUUCAUAUCAACUGCUGAGACUACAUGAAGAGCUUGAAUAUGAGUAUAGUUGUUUUUU